AUGGCGGAGAUAUCUUGUAACAGCGCAGACGAAUGCACUCCGGCGAAGAAAGCCAAAAUAGAAAGAGAAAAUGAUUCUGAGAAUCCUGGUAGCAUACACGACGCGGAAUUUUGUUUGUCCGCGUUUAAUGUGAAGAAAGUACUGCAGCAUAAUUGCACGAGGAAACAGAUAUAUAUAGAGGGUGCUUUCAAGGGGCAUGAAGGGCCGGCAGUCGUCGUGCUGGAGAAGCAGAAUUUCUUCGACGAUCAGGAAACUCUGAAAGAAUUGUUCGACGACAAGACAGACUUGCACAAACUUUACAAAAAUGACAUUUACGGGAAUUAUGAGUGUUUCCCCCUUAAAAAGUACAAUGGUAUAAACGCGACGAUAAUACAUCCUGCGACGGCAAAACAUAUCGAAAAAUUUCGAAGGAAAGAACUUUAUAUCAUAGACGAAACUUACGAGCUCUAUCAGAAAAUUACGCUCCCGUAUAUCGAAUCGAACAGUUUUUCUGUUGAGUGGGUGUAUAACAUUUUGGAACACAAAGCGGAACAGGAUAGAAUUGUGUAUGAAAAUAACGACGAGAAAACUGGAUUUAUAAUGGUAAAUGAUUUGAAAUGGGACGGGCAACCAAACACGUUGAAAUUAAUAGCACUUCCGUUUCAAAAGAUUCGAUGUAUCAGGGAAUUAAACGAGUCUCAUCUUCCUCUUCUAAAGAAUAUAAAAGAAGCUGGAACUGCCGCAAUUGCUAAGAAAUUCAAUGUACCUGCAUCACAGCUUAGAAUUUAUUUGCAUUAUCAGCCGUCCUACUAUUAUCUUCACGUUCAUUUUGCAUAUCUGAUGUUUGAAGCUCCAGGUAUAUAUGUGGAAAAAGCACAUUUGCUGUCUUCAGUUAUAAGAAACAUUGAGUUAAUGUCAAAUUAUUACACGAAGGCUGUACUUUCCUACGUUGUUACCGAAGGAGAUCCGCUGUACACGAAAUUUUUGGAAGAAGGAACUAUAAAUGUAGCAAAUUCUAAAAAUACAGAAGAUUGA